CAUACCUUUGAGGAGAUCCAAAGCUCUGAGGGAAAAGAAGACCAUGGAAAGAAGAGAAAUUAUGUCGCUUACCUUGGUUCUGUUUUGGAUGGGGCGAUCUAUCUGCCUUGCUUUGAGCAAUUCAAAGUGCCUUCAUGUUCAAGGAUCUCUGCAAGCAUACGUUGAUACAUGGUUCCUGUGCUUUGCUCCUGAGGAUAGCAGUAUGAUAAUUGCUUGUGUUGAUGUGAUUACUUUACCUGAUGACAUCGCUGCCAUCCCCAAAGAGGUUCAAGUUCUCUGUAUAUCAGGAACAAUCAAACAUCUGAAGGCCAAAACUUUCCAGGCUUUCCCAAAACUCCGCUAUCUCAACCUCCAGUUGAACCAGCCCGUGGUUACAAUCUCAACUGAUCUUUUCCUGGGUUUGAGGAAACUACAGCACCUUUCCUUGCAGUAUUAUUUUAUAGGAUAUGAAGAUUCCAACAUCACCAUCCCAUCAGAUAUCUUGCUCCCAAUGACAUCACUGGAGAAGUUAGACCUAAUAAAUGUCCACCUGUUAUGUCAGAGAAGGAUUUUAUUUCCUAGCCAACUUAAGUCCCUUUCGAUUUCUGGAUUCUGCUUGAAACAGAUUUCUGGACAGCUCAGCAACUUCCCAUGCAUGCGAUUCAUGCCUUUUGUAUCUUUAGAUCACUGCAGAAUGGAGUCGGUGUUCACAUCACUUGAGCAGCAUCCUAAUCUCUCAGACUUCACUGUCUCAGCUUCUCAAUUGCAUAAUUUGUAUCCCCGUGAUCAAAACAGAAGCCUUCUUCAGUCUCUGACCUUAAGCAGUUUCCCUUUGAGUUUUAAUGAGCUUCUGGCCUUAGAAAUAGACAAACUUGACUCCCUAUCCUUGCAUCAGAUAAAUGUCAUGCCCAAGAAAAACCAGACUUACCAUAUUUGUGCUCUGGUUUCCCGCUUCUCACUCCAAUCUCUGAAAUUUUCCCACAAUUUUUAUAAAACCCUCAACAGCCAAGAGCUUCCAAACUGCUACUCCUUGAAGAAGUUGAUGCUUCCACGCAACCAAAUAGAGCAAGUUGAUUCUUCACUUCUCUAUCAUUUGCCCCAUCUCCAGGUCUUGGACCUUUCUAGUAACCAACUGCACUGGAACCUUUGUCCACUAAUUUAUGAGAAAAUGAACAUCACUUCUAGACUAAGGGUACUGGAUUUUUCUAGUAAUAGCUUAAACUCACUCCAGCCAUAUGCCUUCUUUUGCAUUCCCUACUUGGAGAUACUCUCACUCAGCAACUGUGGACUUGGGAGAAUCCCAGUAUCAGCCUUCUCUAGACUAAGUCAGCUGAAGGUUCUAAAUCUGGACACAAACAAUAUUAUUCAUUUGGAGCAUCAACUAUUUUCAAACCUCACCAGUUUAACCUACUUGGGGCUGACAGAUAAUUUUAUACAGGUGUUGAGAACAGAAUUCUUUCAAGGUCUGAGUGUUUUGCAAGAAUUACACUUGGGUUCGAGAACCAGAGAUUUAGAUGUAGAGUUGUCAGUUUCAAAUUUCAGCACUUUAUACCUUGCAUCCAAAUUCAGAAUUAGAUUCCGAGGAGAAAACAUUAAUAUUUCCUUUACUAAAAUAUUGAAGUUUAAUUGCCAGAAGCUUGAAGUAGACUCUUGUAGACUUUUCUUUUUUCCCCAAGUGAAAGAACUUCAUUUGCUGAAUUUUGGCAGCGCCACAUUUUUCUGUAAAACUUCUAAACCAUUUUUUCAUAAUUUCCCUCUUCUGGAAAACCUCUAUUGUUUUCUAAAUAUGGGAAGUUCCUCUUGGAGAGGCCUCAACUUUUCCCAUUUACCAAAUCUAAGGACACUGAAUGUUAUUAAUCUCGCAUAUGCACUGAAGGAUCUUUCUGUAAUUGAUACUCAGUACCUUUUCCAGAACCUCACUCAGCUGGAAAUAAUGUCUUUGACAAACUCAGGUCUAAAAUAUUUAUCACCUGUUCUGUUUCAGAAUAUGAGGAAACUUCAUCUUCUUGUGCUUAGUAAUGAAGCAUUCCUUAUAUUGGAUAAUGGUUUUCAGGAUGGACUGAAGCAGCUCAGGUACUUGUACAUGACAGAAGUCUAUUUUGGGUGCUUUUGUUCCAAUGCCUGGUUUAUCAGCUGGGCAUUAAGCAAGAAAGAUCUUUAUGCACCUAAUAUGUUUUCGCUGAUGUGUCAGCAGCUGGUAACUGUGAAGAAGUUUCAGCAGUUUCUUCCAUUCAUUGAACAGAACUGCAGCCAGAAUAUAGACUUUAUUCUCUUUAUUGCCACUUCUGUUCUGCUCCUCUUCCUCCUAUCAGUCCCACUGGUUCAUGCCAUCUGUGGCCCAAUGCUCCUAUUCCUCACCUAUGUGUUGAGGGGAUGGUGGCACAGGCUAUGUGGUGAAAUAAGGAAAGGCAACAGGUUUGAGUAUGAUGCUUUUGUGUCUUACUGUAUGCAGGACCAAGAAUGGGUGUUACAACACCUGGUGCCCAAUCUAGAGCUCAGGGGCCCUCCUUUCCUGAAGCUCUGUCUGCACAGCAGGGACUUUGUGGUAGGCAAGGCUGUUGUGGACAAUAUUAUGGACAGUCUUUACAACAGCCGGAAGGCCAUCUGUGUGAUCAGUCGUCAUUCUCUGCGCAAUUGUUGGUGUUCUCUGGAAAUGAACUUGGCCACUUAUCGACUCCUGACUGAGAAGGAAGACACCUUGAUCCUUGUGUUCUUGGAACAUAUCUCCAGGUAUCAGCUCUCGGCUUACCACCGACUGGCCAAGCAGGUGAAGAGGAAGACGUACUUGAACUGGCCUGAAGAACCUGCAGCCCAGACUGCCUUCUGGAACAGGCUGAGAACUAGUCUGAUGCAGCACUUAAAUGGUUGGGCAAAUGAAAGGAUUUAAAUAUUCUGUGGUCUGCGGCCUGGCUGGGCAGUAGCCAAAUUGCAUGAUAAAACACAGUUUUAAACACUCAUCUGAGUAGAAAUACAAUGCAAGUUAAUAACAUAAAUAAUAAAUAACUCUUUGGUUAAGCCAUGGUCUGUUGAAUAAAUCCCAGCUGGUUGGAUUCAUGAAACAUGUGAAGCCACAAAUAAUUAUAUUUCAGCUAUGCAUAUUGUAUGAAUCCAGUCUAUUACUAUUAUCUUUCAUCUUACAGUAGCUGAAAACUCUGGCUCCAAAAUGUUUGCUUUAUACAAAGAAGGUGGGGGGGGGGGAACAAUCUGUCUUGAGAAUGAAGUUGCACUCAUUCAUUUCAUCUCUGAAACAUUUUUAUACCCUGUACUGGUGGCUGAUGAAUUAAUUUUAAUUUACUAGGCCAGAAGCCAAAGGAAUUCUUGCCAGCUUAGAAAUCUA